UUCCACAACACCAGAAGUCUUGCCUCCUGCAGUGGAGUCACGUGACUGACUACUUACUGGGUGGCUAAAACCUUUCUGCACACCUUCUUUCUUCCGUCCUCCAUCGCCGGAUGUUUGAGGCGAAGUUAGCUCAGAGCAGUUUGCUGAAGAAAGUUCUGGACGCCCUGCGUGAAAUCGUGGAGGAUGCAAACCUAGACUGCUCCUCUGACGGAAUCAAAUGUCAGGCAAUGGACAGCAGUCAUGUGGCUCUCGUGUCCUUUGACCUCAGCUCUGAUGGCUUCGAGCCCUACCGCUGUGACCGCAACAUCACUCUUGGUCUCAAACUGGCCACCAUGACUCGAGUGUUGAAGUGUGCUGGAAAUGACGACUCCAUUACUCUCCGGAGCCAGGACAACACUGACACCCUCACCGUCCUCUUUGAGAGCCCCAACCAAGACAAGACCUCUCAGUUUGAGGUGAAACUGAUGGACAUAGACACUGAACACCUCGGUAUCCCUGAAUCGGAGUACAGUGCGGUGGUCCAGCUGCCGUCAGGGGAGUUCCAGAGGAUAUGUAGAGACCUCAGUCAGUUCGGAGACAGUCUGGUCAUCGCCUGCACCAAAGAUGGUGUGGAGUUCUCAGGAUCUGGCGAGAUUGGAAGUGCCAAGAUCAGCCUGAGGCAGCACUCGAUGGUGGACAAAGAGGAUGAGCAGGUGACAGUUGAGCUGAACCAGCCUGUCACCCUCACCUUCUCCACACGAUACCUUGUCUCCUUUUCCAAGGCCACUCCUCUUUCCUCCUCUGUUACCCUCUCUCUCAAGGCCGAGACUCCACUUGUGGUGGAGUACAGGAUCAGUGAUGUGGGUCAUCUGCGUUACUACUUGGCUCCAAAGAUUGGAGAUGAUGAGGAGACAGAACACAUCGAUGACUGCUCCUAACUCUCUCACUCCCUGUCUGUCUAAUGUUCAGAGACUGCUGCUUUAAUUGUAUAAUACAGCUAUAAUAAUAUACCACAUCAUUAUGACAUGACAUACAGUGUACAUGACAAUAUUAGUGGAGAGAAGUGCAGGCGACAAAGCAUAGUUGUCAUGUG